GUAAACGCUGUGGCUGCAACCUGCCUCCCUCCACCUUUUAUCAACCAUCACUAUCAUCAUUAUGCUUUUGAUCCUGUUUGAUUUUCAGGAAGGCGUUUCUGGAUUCAUUGGGUUUCCUGUGCGCAGACUUCCAUAAAGCAGCCAUGGAAGAACAGCGCAGAGGCGCAUCUCGCUCCGACAAGGAUUUCACAUUUAUUAGUCCGGUUGUGAAAUACCUGCUGUUCUUGUUCAAUUUUAUUUUCUGGGUAGUCUCCCUGGUAAUGGUGGCAAUCGGUGUUUAUGCCCGAGUGAUAAAGCAUGCAGAGACAACCCUGGCAAGUCUGUCAUUGGAUCCCGCCGUGAUGCUUAUAGUUGUUGGAAUCCUGAUGUUCAUAAUCACCUUCUGUGGCUGUGUGGGCUCGCUACGUGAAAACAUAUGCCUCCUGCAGACAUUCUGCAUCUCUCUGAUAGUGAUCUUUAUAAUCCAGUUGGCUGCUGGUAUUCUGGCCUUCAUCUUUUCAGACAAGGCAAGACACAAAGUAACUGAAAUAAUCAAUAAUGCCAUAGUUCACUACAGAGAUGAUGUGGAUCUGCAAAACCUUAUAGACUACGGCCAGAAAGAGUUUAGGUGCUGUGGCGGAACAACAAACACUGACUGGUCCAAGAACGUUUACUUUAAUUGCAGCCCGUCUAACCCAAGCAAAGAGCGCUGCUCUGUCCCCUAUUCCUGUUGCAUCCCCUCCCAAAAAAAGGAGGUACCCAACACCCAGUGUGGUCUGGGGAUGCAAGAAAAGGCAACUGAAAACAAAAUUUACACCGAUGGCUGCAUAGACAAGAUGGUUGACUGGAUUCACAGUAACCUGUUCAUACUAGGUGGCAUUGCACUGGGACUGGCGAUCCCGCAGCUAGUGGGGAUGCUUUUGUCUCAGAUUCUGAUAAAUCAGAUCAAAGACCAGAUUGAACUACAAAACUACAACCUCAGGCAUAGAUCUGACCCAUGGAGCUGAUCCUGGACCAGAUUUUCAUAAGGGACUCAAAUGAUUAGUCAUUACUAAAGAGCUUGAGCUUCAAAAUGUGUUACUUUGCCGCCACCUUCUGGAACGUAAAGGAGCCUACAUUUACCACGGUGGGUCUGCUUUUUGAUGAAAAUAGAAAACAAAAAAAUGUUACUUAAAUUUGGAGCAUAUUUGAUUAAAACUCAGAAAUCACACUUAGACAAUGUCUUUGGGGCAAUAUUUUGUUGUUCAUUUUGUUUUCUUUUGUAUUAUCAGAGUUUUGUUGCUUUUGUUAUAUAUUAUAAAUUUUUCAACUCUAUUUGAAGUGGAAAUUUGUGUUUUUCCAUUAUAUUUGAAGUGUUUAGGGUUGUCAAAAAAAAGAGCAUAGGUCCAAAUUGCAAUGAGUUGUCAGAUAUGUUAAAAUGGAUCAUUAGCUUCCUUCCAUCCAGGACUUGUUUGGAUCUAGGGUAAGUUUUAGCAGAUCGUUAAGCACCCUGCAGAGGAUGUAGCGCUGGCGCAUUGAACCAUUUGCACUCCACCAGUGCUUUGAAAGUGUCCACGAUCACCACGAGAUGUUACAGAAGUGCUUCAACCACAACAGCCUGCAAGGCAAGGCAAUUUUAUUGGUAUAGAACAAUUCAGUACAAGGGCAAUUCAAAGAACUUUCAGCAACCUGGGUUUUUUUUUUCAGGCAGACUCCUGCAGCUUGGCGGAAUCUCUUAUUGCCAGUGUCCAACAAUACAUGUGGGUGUUAAAGCCAUGACAGGCACCAUAGACUUUAUAGCCAAGGUUAUGAGCGGCCGCUUUUGCAAUAGAGGCAGAGAACAUGGUCCACUUAGACUCCAUAUCCCCCAGGAGCCUGAGAAAAUCUCUCUUAUAGUUGUGAGUUAAAUUAUUUCAUGACUGAGGCCUCUGCCAGAUUGUCCGAACACACCGUCACUUCUCACUUGGGUCUUUAGAGCAUCUGUUCCAACGUCUCACCAGGUGGUAUUUUGUGGACAGCACUACCCCUUUCUUCACCUGAGUGUCCAAGAGAUGUGGCUGAAAGUCAGAGGAUACAGUCUAUCAUCGACCUCUGGCUUAGGAUGUAUGGGUGCCAUGUGAACUGAUGAACAUGCUUAAGCAUGAACAUGUUUUUCAUCAUGGACAGUCUAUGGUUUGCACAGACAUCAAAUACUUAAAUACCAAUCAGAACCAAUGGCCCAUUCAUUUGGAUCAUGUACCGCCAGGUAUCACUGUAAUUUCCCACAUUGGCAAUGAAGUACCCCACUAAAAUGAUGGAAUCCCUAAGAGAAGUGUUAUCCAGCAUACAAACCCUCUCCCUGUGGACCACUCCAGAGUAGAAGACGGCCCAGCCUCUCUUAAUGAGCCAGGUUCCAGAAGCAGGGCUUUGCUUGAAGGUGAGCCUGACUAUACCUACCCUUUAUCACUCAACCUCCUGACAAACUCAAGCUUCUUCCCCUCCAUUGAGGUGACGUUACAAAUCCACAGCACAAGUUUAAGCAUCGAUGAAGCAGUUCACAUAGUGACUUCUGACAAUUCCUCUUACCAUUGAUCCCUCAUUAGUCCCCCUCAGGGCAUGACCUCCAAACCCUCCAACUGCCACUCCUCCAAAAACAUUUACGAGAGUGAAGUCAAAUUUCUUGCACUUGUGCAGAAGUUUAAAAGUGAAAACGGAAGUGAGUAAAGCUAAUUCAGAUUCAAAAUAAUAAUUUUCAUUUUUGUUCUGGCAUAUGUUAAGUUGCCCCUCUAAUUAAUACCAUCCCCUCUCUCUCUUGAAAACAAUUUAUUUGAAAGUAAAUUGUUUUUUUUAAUAUUAUCUGUGCUGUUUUAAAAUGAGAUCAAUUCAUGUCUAUCUUAUAUCCAUUUCACUUUUUGAGUAUUGCUAUAUGUUUCUUUUUUUUUAAUGCCUUGUCUUCCCCUAGUUGGUUAUCACUGAUGUCUAGCCAAUGUCCAACUGUGUUUUUUUUUUCUUUACAUCUAAAGGGAUUUUAUUUCAAACCAAUAUAUUAAUUAUUUCAUUUUUUAGCCCUAAAACUGACUCUUGAUGUAAGCUGAAUGUAAAAAUCCAGCAUUUAGAUUUACAUUGGCUUUUUUUUUGUCUGUUUUUUACAUGUGGUUUUAAUACAUGAAUAAAGAUUACCUCACAAAAUUUG